AUGGUUUAUCCGUUUGUUUUGUUCUCGUUGGGCUUGGGGAGUCUGGUUGGUGUGUUUGGUGUUGAGAUGGAGGAUGGAAUAAAGUCAGUCUCAGUGAUGAAGGGAGAUCCUGUCACUCUAAACCCCGAUUUUACUGAAAAACAGAAAUAUCUGUUAAUACAGUGGAAGUUCAGAAGCACUCGAAUAGCUGAAGUCAACAGACUCGCGCAGACAAACUCGACGUAUGAUGGUCCUGAUGAGAGAUUCAGAGGCAGACUGAAACUGGAUCAGACUGGAUCUCUGACCAUCACAAACACCAGCACCACAGACUCUGGACUUUAUCAGCUAACAGUUGUCAAAAAAGAGACCAUUUACAUCAGUUUCAAUGUUACAGUCUAUGACUUGACAGAAGAGGAGAACUCGAUAUUAGUGAUCGAGGGAGACUCUGUCACUCUAAACCCGGAGGUUACUAAAGCACAGAGAUAUUUGUUGAUACAGUGGAUGUAUAGAAGCACUCGGAUAGCUGAAGUCAACAGACUCUCAAAAACCAGCCAUACAUACGACGCUGACGGGAGAUUCAGAGGAAGACUGAAACUGGAUCAGACCGGAUCUCUGACCAUCACAAACACCAGCACCGCAGACUCUGGACUCUAUCAGCUAGCGAUCGUCAACAAAGAAACCAGUUACAUGGAUUAUAAAGUCAUUGUCUACAGAAGGUCAACGAACACAAACUACGUGACGUCCAGCGGUGCGGCGAUCAGUUCAACCCUAAACCAGACCGAGAAUGCUAAUAUUACUGAAACCUCUAAGAGGAGCUCAGGUAAGUCACUGGGUUUAUAUGGGGAACAGCACUGUUGCAGCUCUACCGAAGCUGUGAUCCGAAUGCUCCUCUCUGUUCUGGUGGCCGUGGCUGCUGUAGCUGUGCUGGUUUAUGACAUCAGAUCUACAAGAAGUGAGCUUGACAUGACAGAAGAGACCGAAGAUCUCUAUGAGACCUUCGGAGGAAGAUCAGACCACAAGUGUGAACUGAGAAGAGGGUUUGGUUCCCAAUAUGUCCAGAUGUGA